UCAAUGGCAAAAUGUAUAUCGAUAACUACCAAUAAUCGAUAAAUACCGAUAGUUAAAUGUGAUCUGAGAGAUGGGAAGAACCAUGGUAGAGUAAAUAUUUUAAUCCAGUUAAGAAUUUUGCAAUUUGGCUUGUUUGAUUAAAUCAGCUUGAAGUUUCAAUCGAAAUAAUCUGAAUAAAUAUUUUUACAUAAUCUAGAGCCAGAAGUUCGCCUAUGACGCAGAACAACAGAGUUCAAAUCCCGGCGUGAACAUCAGAAAAAUUUUCAGCGGUUGUUGUCAUCUUACUAAUGCUGCCUACAUUUGUGAGGUAUCCUGCCAUGUUAAAACUUCUCUACCAAGUGGUAUCGCUAUGCGGCACGACGUUCGGACUCGGCAUAAAAAAGGAGACCCCUUAUCACUCAUUGAUAUGAGAGAAGUAUACCUUAAUGGAAUGUUAAUGGGAAAUUUAGUAGUAAUUUAAUUUAUUCUGCCAUGGGGAGACAUCUGUUUAAUUGAACCUCAACUAUAGCUGAAAUAGCUACAUUUUAAUUCUAUUGUAAAUGUGUGCUAUAUACAUGAGUUAACAAAAUGUCUAAGGACGAAUUGUCAAAUAAAAACAUUGCGCGGCAUCCCCAAAGGCACCACAUAUAUCGCGCAAUAAAUCGAUAACAGUGAUUAGCAAAACAAACAACAACACUACACAGACAAGAACAUAUUUGAUGUUCGUAUUCCUUGACGCCGGUUUUUAUAUACAAAACAAAGAACAAAUUCCUAUAAUUAAGUAAACAAAAACCAAAAUACACAAAAAAUUAUGAGUGCCCACCAUAAUAUUAAACUGGAAGUUUGUGUGGAUUCAAUUGCCUCAGCGAUAGCUGCCAUGGAAGGUGGGGCAGCAAGGAUUGAACUGUGCUCUGCUCUCAAUGAAGGAGGCCUGACGCCUUCAGUGGGUAUACUGAAAAUAUUAAAAAGUCUCCCUCUUAAUAUACCCAUUUAUUGUAUGUUAAGACCCCGCCGAGGCAAUGAUUUCAUAUACACUGACUUGGAAAUGAAAGCUCUAUUGCAUGAUAUGGAACUUUUACAAGAAAAUGGAGCAGAUGGAUUUGUUUUUGGCUCAUUGACCCCGUCACGAGAGAUUAAUGUGGAACAGUGCCAGCAGGUAUUGGAGAAAGCAAAAAGCCUACCAAUGACCUUUCAUCGAGCUUUCGAUUUAACAGAUCCAUUGAAAAUGUAUGAAAAUGCAAAAAUUUUAAUUGAAUUAGGAUUUCAACGCAUACUGUGUAGCGGUUUUCGACAAACAGCAACAGAGGGCAUAGACUCGCUGGCCCAGCUCAUAGCUAAGCAUCACCGUGAGAUUAUUAUAAUGCCGGGGGCUGGCAUAAAUGUUACAAAUCUUGAGGAGAUAUUAACUGCCACUAAAUGCUGUGAAUUUCAUGGCUCCGCCAAAUCUCCCCCCACUUCUGAAAUGCCUGAUUCCACAGAGAGUAAUUCCACAAAAAUGGAGUGCGAUGUUAGUAUGGGCAAACAGGAUAUAUUACCCUAUGACAUUUGUGAUGUAAAUGUUGUACGAAAAAUGGUGGCUAUAGCAAGUGCUAUGGCAGAAAAAUAAAAACAAAUUGCCAAAAGUUUAAA